GAUGCAUCUAUCUUUGGUCUUGUUGCUUUGUUCUGAUAGUGGCAUGCGUACCCCAAAUCUAUUACAGGAAGACCAUUUCACGUACAAGAAAUCACCCAACGCUUCACACAACAGUGCGUCAAUCGGUAUGCAAGGGUUUGGCCAUAUAAAAGCGGCUGCUCUGGACAAUUCACACAUCGUUCAAACACCCACUUGGGGCAGCGCAGGCGGCGUUGCUUUCAAUAAUCUCAAUGAUAUCGGUCAGCAGAAUGUCAACAAGAUCUCGCAAAUUGUUAUCCGCCAUGGUGUUGUUAUUGACAACAUCGCGGCGACCUAUCAACGCUCAGGCGGGCUUGCGCCCGUCACCCUGGAAAAUGGCGGCACUGGUGGAAAUGUGACCACUAUCAAUCUCAGCGGUGACGAGUUCGUCAUUGCAGUCACUGCCGCUCAACGUUUUGUCUCUACCGGAUAUGGUCCUACGAGCGUUCAGAAUUUGAGGAUCUUCAUUCUCAACAAAUCCACCAAUGUCACUCGUAUCGAAGGUCCUUUUGCUCCCGGAUCUGGAACCGAGUUCGUUGCCACUGGUACGGUCGUCGCUUUUGCCGGGAACAUCGCCACCGUUGGUACUCGUUUCAUCCAGGCCUUGUCCUUCUUCAUCAGCCCUACCCCUAUCCCCGUCUAGUGAUUCGAAGGUUCUCGAUCCUGCAGGCUUGAGCUCCAUACGGCCUGUGGUUGAUGCCGCUGUUCAAUCUGUUCAAAUGUGGUUGGGUGGUGGCAUGAGCGCGAAUGAUCUGUGUAACAAUAGUACCGAACAAUGUGUUAUCGUUGAAUAGUUACUGUCAUGAUACGUUGUGCAAUCGAAAUAUGUGUGCUUUUGAC